AUAAAAAUAAAAAUUUCCUCAGGGGCCUAUACGCGCAAAUCUCUUCACCUCGCCGAGUCAGGUAUAAAAAUUUCUCCUGCGGUUUCAGGGAUUCUGUCGAGGAAGCGAAAGCAAGGGCGCACAUCGCGUCGAGGAGUUCCAACAUGGAGACCGAGUUCCAGGAUGGUAAGAUAGAGGUUAUUGAAGCAUGGUACAUGGAUGAUAGCCAAGAGGACCAAAGGCUUCCUCAUCACCGCGAACCCAAAGAGUUUGUUCCUCUUGAGAAGCUUUCAGAACUAGGAAUUGUCAGCUGGCGCCUAAAUCCUGAUAACUGGGAGAAUGAUGAGAACCUCAAGAAAAUCCGUGAAGCCAGAGGCUACUCUUACAUGGACAUUUGCGAUGUAUGCCCAGAGAAGCUGCCGAAUUACGAGACUAAGAUAAAGAAUUUCUUUGAAGAACACCUGCAUACCGACGAAGAAAUACGCUAUUGUCUUGAAGGGAGUGGAUACUUUGAUGUGAGGGACCAGAAUGAUCAGUGGAUCCGUGUAGCAGUAAAGAAAGGAGGCAUGAUUGUUCUGCCUGCAGGAAUGUAUCACCGCUUCACAUUGGACAGCAACAACUACAUCAAGGCAAUGCGACUUUUCGUUGGUGAGCCUGUUUGGACACCGUACAACCGUCCCCAUGAUCAUCUUCCAGCGAGAAAGGAGUAUCUGGACAAACUUCUCAAUACAGAAGGCGGAAAUCAAGCUGUUGAAGCUCGUUGAGGUCAUUCGAACCUACUUCCUGGGGCUGUCGAAACGCGUCCUAUGUACUACCAGAAUAAGAUGUCGUAUGUGAAAGUUGUUAUUUUAGCAGUGUGUUCUGGUCAGCUUGAAGUGAAUUUGUCACCUUCAACUCCUGUGAAUCAGUUCGCUGGUACCCCUACAUGUGCACUGUUUAUGUCUUGAAUAAAUACUCCCUUCGGUAAAAAA